GAGAAGAUUAGUGGAUUGGAGGAUGAGGGGUGAGAAAAUGAGUGAAUGGGAAGAUGAGGGUAUGAGAGGGUGAGUGGAUGUGAGGAUGAGGGGUGAGAGGAUGAGGGGGUGAGAAGAUUAGUGGAUGUGAGGAUGAGAGGUGAGAGGAUGAGAGGACGGGAGGAUGAGAUCAGCAUCCCUCAGAUGAUGUGCAGGAUGUAGACUCCAAGGAUGCUGUGACGUCACUGAAACGCGGAUGGAAGGCAAGUUCGGAUGCUACUUUGCAGCGAUGGCGUCCGAGUCUCCAUGAAUAAGCAGAAAAAGAAGAAGAAGAAAUAAUGGCACGUCGCAGAGAGCCCGCAGCGAGGGAGAUGUAAAGUCGCUUCUUUUUAAAGCAAUGCCCGAACGUCCUUGUCGGUGUUUAAACCUGUGAUUGGGGGAGAGCCGGCCCGGGCUGGAUGUCUGAUCCCGCGCGUCCGCCUCCCUGCUCCUGACGGUAACACGGCAGCGCAGGAGGCGGCAGAACGGUGCGAGAAGGUCGGCGGGGAACCGCGAUGGCUGCGGGCGGAGGGCGCGAUGGAACGGUGGACUCCGAAGUCGAGCGCCUCACCCACGAGCUCGCCGAAGCAAACCGGGAGAAGGUCCGCGCCGCUGAAUGCGGACUCGCGGUGCUGGAGGAGAACCAAGCCCUAAAGCUGCAGUACGCUGAACUCGAAGCCGAGCAGGAGACCCUGAGACGGGAGCUGGAACAUCUACAAGAGGCCUUUAGCCAGGCAUACUCUACCCAGAGGAAAGUCGCAGAGGAUGGUGAGACCAACGAGGAAGCACUCCUUCAGGAGUCGGCCACCAAGGAGGCGUAUUACGUAAGCCGUCUGCUGAAUCAGCAGACUGAACUGAAGCACACUCGCUGUCAGGCCUCCAACACACAGGCAGAGAAUGAACGACUUGGCACCAUCUUGCAGGAAAUUCGAGAGAACAAUGACAUGCUGGAUAUACAGAGGAGCAGGUUGAGAGAAGAAGUGAGAGAGUAUAAGUUCCGAGAGGCUCGGCUGCUCCAGGACUACACCGAGCUGGAGGAGGAGAACAUCACACUCCAAAAAUUAGUGUCAACACUCAAACAGAACCAGGUGGAGUAUGAAGGCCUAAAACAUGAGAUUAAGGUCUUGGAGGAGGAGACAGUCUUGCUGAAUAGCCAGUUAGAGGAUGCAUUGCGCCUGAAGGAUAUCUCGGAGAGUCAACUGGAGGAGGCACUUAAUGCUCUGAAGAGUGAACGUGAGCAAAAGAACAGCCUGCGUAAGGAGAUAGCACAUCACCUCACCCUGUGUGACGGACCGUUCUCUUCAGCCAGUGCCCAUUUGAUGGCCCUCAGUUCAGCACCUCCAAGUGGCAGUGCCACGCCUACUGCUGCCACUUCUCCAGGCAGCGAGGAUGGUGGAAAAUGCAAUGGACUUCUGCUACAGGGUUCAGCUGUUAAAGCACUGGGUCGACUAAAUGGGGAGUUUAGAGGAGCAGGUCAGAGAAAACAGAGCGACUCCACUCCUGACCUCUUUAGUGAGCUUCACCUCAAUGAGAUUCAGAAACUCAAACAACAACUGCAGCAGGUGGAGCAGGAGAAAACAUCUGCACUGAAUUGCCUUCAGGAGUGUGAGACACAGCUACGACACACUCAGUGUGCUCUAAAUGAACAAUUUGAGAGGGCAAAGCACCUCCAACAGCAAGUUAGUACACGACACCAGCACGGAAGUGCCACGGAAACUGGCGAUGAGGACAAGGUGAAGGCAGAGCUAAAAGGCUCAUCAUGGGCUUGUGAUGACCUAGAGCACCUGGGCCUGGAACUAUUGCAGUGUAAGUACAAAUUAGCAGUGGCAGAGGUAGUAAGUCUUAAUGGUGAGCUGAAGGAUCUUCAGGAGAGGCAUAAAGAAUGUGUGGAGCAGGCAGCACGGGCAGAGGAACAUGCCCAGGUUCGACUAAAGACUCUUGAAGCACAGGUGGCUUGCCUGGAUUGCAGCUGUCGUGAGAAAAGAGAGAAGGAAGCAGCACUUCAGCGGGAACUAAAGAAAGUUAGUGAUUCUGCAUUGGAAUACCACAACAUCCUGGCUACAGCCCAAGAGGAGCUGACCACCUUCAGCGAGGAACUGGCACAGCUUUACCAUCAUGUCUGCUUGUGCAACAAUGAAACACCAAAUCGCGUAAUGCUGGAUUAUUACCGCCAGGGCCGAACUCCGCCACGUGCUAUGUCCACAAGUCUUAAAGCACAAGAUGACCAUCGGGUCCUCUUGACGCCAAGGUUGGCACGUCGCUUGGCAGCUAUCAAUGCUGCCACAUCUUCCACCUCAACUCCAAGUGACUCACAGAGCCCGACAGACUCGCCCUCCAAAGAUGCCCUCAAUUCAGAUGACAGCCCAGUGCGCACAGGUGUGAGCUCCUCUGCUGUCAGUGCCUCAUCAUCAUCAUCAUCCCCAGCACCUGAUUCGCCUGCAGGCUCAGACACACGGCGGGAGCCGAUUAACCUCCACCCCCUGAAUGCUAUUAUACGAGAUCAAAUCAAGCAUUUGCAAAAGGCCGUGGACUGCUCGCUGCAGCUGUCUCGCCAAAGAGCCGCUGUCCGUGAGCUUGCACCACUCUUUGAUAAGGAAAAAGAGGCUUGUAUGGAAGAAAUUCUGAAGCUUAAGUCCCUGCUGAGCACCAAGAGGGAGCAGAUUGCCACCCUGCGCUUGGUGCUUAAAGCCAACAAACAGACAGCAGAAAUGGCCCUGUCGAACCUGAAAAGCAAGUAUGAGACUGAGAAAAACAUGGUGACUGAGACCAUGAUGAAGCUGCGUAAUGAACUGAAGGCACUAAAAGAAGAUGCUGCCACAUUUUCCUCACUAAGAGCCAUGUUUGCCACACGUUGUGAUGAGUAUUUAACUCAACUGGAUGAGAUGCAGAGGCAGCUUGCAGCAGCUGAGGAUGAGAAGAAGACCCUGAACUCUCUUCUUCGUAUGGCCAUUCAGCAAAAACUGGCAUUAACGCAACGUCUGGAGGACUUGGAGUUCGACCAUGAGCAAUCGUACCGUCCCCGCAUGGGCAAGCUGUCCAAAUUGAGGACCACACCAAAAGUAAGUGGAACAGUCACCUUGCCCCUUCCUGACACCUCAUCCACAGUAGCUGAGGCAAUUGCAGAAACCUCAGCUCUCUCUUCCCCUAUCGUAGCCACUCCCUUGCUCUGCUCUGACCCAGGCAGCCCCCCUUCACUGGAAGCCCCUUCAUCUCCAGCUUCAUCAUUUUCUUCCUCCUGGACUCCCCCAGUAACUCCCUACAGCCGGGGCCACACCCACUGGACUGUGGGUAUGCGGGCAAACAUGGUGGAGCCACACUCCCAUGUUGUCAAUGUGUCCCGACCCACCAGCUUGACCCCUUGCUAUGCAGUUGAGUCACGCUACUCAUCGGGUUCACUUCCCCCCUCCCCCUAUCGUUCGCCCAUCCUGGGCAGUUAUCGCUCCACCUGGAGUUCGCCCAGAUCUCGUCCACUCUCCACAGUCCUAACGCACCCCACUCACACAACCAGAUACACUUCCCCAACUUUCUCCUCCUAUGGCCAAUCAUACGCAAGAAAUUACACUUCUCAACACCCUCGCUACUGAAGGCUCAGCAAAGGUGGCACAGACAGGAGGACAGACUGGUUUCUUAUUUUUUUAUAGUUUCCACUGCACUCUGCAUCUUUGAUGACUGUUUUCUGCUCAGGGAUUUUGUGGAGCACAAACGGCUUUACCUUCCUCCAAGAGACAUUUAAUCACUCCUCAGAACACUGUUCGCUGUUCCUGACCUCUCUUGCAGUUCAUUCUGAAGUGAACUUGGUGGGCCUUUUCAGUGAAAGCCUCUAAAAAUGCAGAGAUUACUUUUACUUUCAAAUUUUAAAUUGGACUUUAUGUCAGCUGUUUUGCUUUAAGGCAUUGAUGUCUUGUUUAAUCACUUGUUAAAUCAUACUAUUUACAUAGAGGGGUUUGAAAGUGUCUUAUUAAUUACUGAACCAAGAAAUAUGCACUGUAAAAUCCAUCACUGUGUAACAGCUGUAUUUAUUUAGCUUUUUUUAUACAUAUAUAUGAGAACAGACGAGGGAUUUUUAUGCAAGUUAGCCAUUUUAGUAAAAUUCUGUUGAACAAAAGCAAGUUUAUUUUUAGCCUUGGUUUGUGUUUUACACUGUCAUUCUAGCGAGCUGUCCUUUGCUACAAAAAUAGAUUUUUCUUUCUGUAUUUUUUAUUAUUCCUUUUUUUUUUUAUCUGAGUCAGUCACACAUGGCACAUGCUUCACCCCAUUUUCAUUUAAACAAGUACAAAACAGUACCUAAUAGAAGCAUAGAGGUGGGAAAUUUUUAUUUAAAAUGUAAUAUGCAGAAUGGCAGUGCAAUAUUUGAAAUGAAAUGUAUUUCUAUAAUUAAAUUUAACAUUUUCCAUUAUCAUAUGUGUAAAGUUUGGUGUCAAAAAAGAAAAAUGAAAAUGUCAUGAAAAUGAAAGUUCUAUAAUUUAUAUUUGCCAUUUCCAACAGUAGUUUUAAUAUGCAAAUUACAUACUAAUUUUAACACUUUAUAAGAUGUGAAAUUAAAAUGAAAAUGUAUUACCAAUAUUGAUUUGAUAUUGGUAACAUGGGUAACAUGUCCAUGCCUAAAUCUUAACAAAAUUAUCAUUUAAAUGUUAUUAGUCCUAAAUGCAUUUAGACUUAUGGUUAGGACACUUUCAAUUUCAUAAUAAUGCAGUUUGAUAUUUGUAGCAAAAUUCAGUGUUUCAAAAUGCAUUCUAAAUCAAAGGUAUAGCAAAAAGGUAGCAAAACGCCUUUUUAAUGCAUUGACACUUACACUUAAGACAUAAAAAAAUGCAUUUUCAAUUAACACCCUACGGUGAAUGUAGUUAAGUUGAUGUGGUUUUAAAAAUACAUUCAGAAGUGACCACACCCACCCUCCAUAAUGGCUGCCCAAGCACUGGAGCAGCAAAUUGUCCCGUUGUUUUGUCCAAAACGAGCGUUUCUCAUAUAUACAAUGGACUUCAAAUGUGAUCCUCUGAAUGCAUUUUUUAUUUUAAUUGUAAAUUCAAUUUUAAGUGUUAAAAUUAGCAUGUCAUUUACAUAUUAAAUCCGCUGUUGGAAAUGGCAAAUGUACAUUAUAUACCAAACUUUGCACAUAUAACAAUUAAAAAUGUAAAUUUUAAUAUAGAAAUACAUUUCCAUUUUGAAUACUGCAUUUCUAUUUUGCAUAUUAGAUUUUUAAUUGAAUUGUGCGACAUCUAUGCUCCAAAAACCAGUUGCCAUAAGUGUUUGACACAUUGCUUAGCUUUCAUUUGCGCCGAGCAUUUCAUGAUAAAAAAGCAAUGAAACAGGGUGAGCACAGUGGCUGCACUGAGUAAACAUAGAAAUAAUGUCUGAAACAUUUCACUGAAGGAAGUAGAGACUUUACAUUGAAUGUAAUCUUUAUUAAGUGAUACCUAAUAUGUCGAAUAUACAAGCAAAUCUCAGGGAAUAACGUUCUUGGUCUGGUAUUGGUGACAGAAGGCAGCAUAAGUAGCUUAAGUUAUUUGAACCAUAAACAGUGUCCUAUUUCUUUUACUUUUUCUUUUUUUUUUCAUAAUUUGAGAUUAUUUACAGGAUUCCAUGAACCUGUUUUUUUAAUCAAAUUGGUUUAACAUUCAUUUAAUAUUUGUGUUAAUGUAGUAGUGUCACACAGCAUUGUCUUCAAAUUUCAGUUUUGUUAAGUUUACCAUUGCAUUAUUUUUAUAAUUAUUGAUUAGCAAGUGCUUUAUUAGCAUCAUAUAUCAAACAAUAUUCUAUCCCACCAAAGACACUGGCCUUUAUAUCCUAUAAACUUUUGCUCAUGCAAUUUAGACCAGUUUUGUCCUGCUGUCUGAACUCACAGGGAGACUGAAGCAUUUGACUGAAACAAGCUCCCAGUUUCCACCUUGUCCAGCUCGACAUACUCCACUAAUCAACACAUUUUGUGGAUUUGUUCAAUGUUCUUAUGUUGUGUUUAUGUGUAUGUACUGUACAAUGUUGUGAUAAUGCUAUUGUGUGUAGUUUGUUUGGCUGGAGGUCAGAUUGGGAGGAACGGCAGCCUCGAUUUCAAAUAAUCUCUUAGUGCUUUUGUUUGGCUCCACAUGCUCAGUGUUUUUUUUUCCCCGUCCAAUUAAGACAGAAUCCAUUCAGAGAAACCUUUCAGACCUCCUUCCUGUGGCACCUCUUUCACACACACACACAGACACACAGACACACACACACACAC